AUGGCGACCCUACCGCGGUUCGACUUCGGCUUCGCCUUCAAAGAACCUUCCUUUUCCGACUGCGUCCUUCGCCUUGUGAUCGAGCCGCACUCAACAGGAUUGCAUGAUGUUUCACCUGCAACGGGCACGGCACGUUCUGCCAAGGACAGAGUGGAAACCGACAGCUUAAGAGCAGAAGCAACAACAACAAAAGUCUCCGAGCCUCUUCAACGAUCAACGCGUGCUGCUGCUGCAGCUGCUGCCUCUGCCGCUGCUGGCGCCGCUCCUCCAGAAGCAGAAGCAUCAACUGCGACUGCUGCUUCGCGAGCAUCAUCUUCCCCUGCCGAGCCGUCGACUCGAGACGUACCAGCAGCGUCGGUGGUACUGGCGUCCAAGUCGACCUUCUUCCGCGCUCUCUUCACCAGCGGGUUCAGUGAGACGCUCGAUCGACGGCUCGUGCAUAUCCACCUUUCUGCCCAGGAGGAGCCUCUAAUGAUGGAGCUGUUGCAGUUCAUAUACCAGGGCACUCUUCCCCCCAAUACAGUCACAUCCUUUGAGCGCACGCUGCAGCUGCUCCUGCUGGCCGACCGCUUCGGAGUGGACGAGGGCAUUGCCACCUGCUCCUUGCUCCUCACCUCCCUCACCUCCCUCACUCCCCACCCCUCCUCCUCCUCUGCCUCCUCUCUCCCUGCCUCUGCCUCUGCCUCUGCCUCUGCCUCUGCUUCCUCCACUGCUUCACUGUCCGUCCCAACCAACAGCACCAUAACCGCCACCACUGCAAACCCCCCUCAGCCAACCAACCCUCCAACUCAGUCCCUCACAACCACCACCUCCUCUUCCUCCGCCCCCUCCACGGCCAACACUCCCUCCUCCCUCACCACUCAGCAGGCCCUGCUCGCACUCUCUCUCCCGUCAUCUCUCCGCCUCAACCCGCUGCUCACACCCCUCAUCCAUGCCUCCCAGGCCUGCGUUGUGCACCCUUACGGACCGCUCUUCAACUCCUUCCACCCCAGCACCCUUCUCUCCAACACCCUUCAUACCACCCCCUUUCACCACAGCACCCUUCACCACACCACCCUUCACUCCACCAACCCUCACUUGAACCAUCCCGCCGCUGCAAACGAGCUCCUCACUCUCCCUGAAGCUGGGAUACGAGCCCUCCUAGAGUCUGACGACCUCCCCGUAGAUUCCGAAGAGUCUGUCUUUUGUGCCCUUAUCCUCUGGGCGCGCCACAGAUUCCCGGGCGGCGAAGUGGAUUCUCCACGACGGCAGAACCCAGCUGGCGAAGCGGGUCCGGGCGGCGAAGUGGGGUUCUGUGGGGGGCAGGCGCGGGUGACAGGGGUGGCGGAGAGAAGGGCGGCGGUGGGGAGGCUGGUGAGGGAGGUGCGGUGGGCGUGGGUGGGGGCUGGUUUUGUGCGGUCGGUGGUGGUAGGGUUGGAGGAGAUGCAGAGUGAGGAGGCGAGGGCAGUUGUGCUGGAGGGGCUGUUUGCUGCUGCUGAAAGGGGGGAUGCUCACAGGGGGGAUGCUCCCAGGGGAGAUGCAGGCUGCGUUGGUGUUCACUUCCUCCUGCUCCACUUCUUUCUCUUCUUCCUCCUCUUCUUCCUCAUGCUCCUCCUCCUCCUAGCGGCUUAA